AUGUCCAAGGAGGAUGCCCAAGUCGGCGUGGUCCCGCCCACGUACGACUCCGAAAAGGGCGCUCACAAUACCGCUGGUGAUGGCCAUAUUCCCGAGAACUUUCGCGAGGAUGACUUCAUGACCCGCAAUGGCUUGAACCUCAAGAGUUUUCAGCGCCGUGAUUAUGGUACUGGCGACUCUGAGCUCGACCGCUCCAUGAAACCUCGUCACUUGCAAAUGAUUGCCAUUGGUGGCUCCAUUGGUGCUGGUUUCUUCGUCGGCUCCGGCAGCGCCCUCACCAAGGGUGGCCCGGGCUCUGUCCUCAUCUGCUUCUUGAUCGCUGGUAUCAUGAUCUUCAACGUCGUCUACGCCCUCGGUGAACUCGCUGUCCUAUAUCCUGUCUUCCAAUGGGUUAUCGUCUUACCACUCGAACUAACUGUCUGCUCAUUUACGAUACAAUAUUGGAACAAGGAUAUAAGCGUAGCCGUUUGGAUCACCAUCUUCUGGCUUUUCAUUAUUAUCAUCAAUGUUUUUGGAACCUUGGGCUUCGCUGAGGAAGAGUUCAUCUCCUCUGCCUUCAAGCUCUUCGCUACCGUCAUUUUCAUGGUUGUCGCCCUCAUUCUCAUCUGCGGUGGUGGUCCUAAGGGUGGAAAGUACGAUGAGUACUGGGGCAACCGUCUUUGGAGCGACCCUGGUGCGUUCCAGAACGGCUUCCGUGGCUUCUGCUCCGUCUUCGUUACCGCCGCUUUCUCCUUCUCCGGUACCGAGCUCGUCGGUCUCGCUGCCGCAGAGUCCGCCAACCCCGCCAAGUCUCUUCCCGGUGCUAUCAAGCAGGUCUUCUGGCGUAUUACCCUGUUCUACGUCCUGGGUCUUACCUUUGUCGGUCUCCUCGUCAGCUCUACUGAUGAGCGUCUCCUGAACUCCGCGAACCCUUACGCCGACGGUGUUUCCCCCUUCGUCCUGGCCCCUGAAGAUGCCGGCCUGUACGGAUACAAUGACUUCAUGAACGUCGUCAUUCUCGUCUCCGUCAUCUCCAUUGGUGUCUCUUGCGUCUACGGUGGUUCCCGUACCCUGACCGCCCUCGCUCAGCAGGGUUACGCUCCCAAGAUCUUCGCCUACAUUGACCGAUCAGGCCGCCCUCUGCCUUCUGUCGUCGUCAACCUCGUCUUUGGUGCCCUCGCGUACGUCCGUUUGGCGUCUUCCGGUGGUGUCGUUUUCGACUGGCUAUUGUCGCUCUCUGGUCUCGCCGCCCUGUUCACCUGGGGCUCUAUUUGCGCCGCCCACAUUCGUUUCCGCGCCGCGUGGAAGGCCCAGGGCCACACUCUUGAUGAGCUCCCCUUCCAGGCCGUUGGUGGUGUUGCCGGCUCUUGGCUCGGCCUGUUCUUCAUCAUCAUCUUCUUGAUUGCCCAAUUCUUCGUCGCCAUUUGCCCUCCUGGCGGCGGUUUCGCCUCCGCUGAAGACUUUUUCAAGGCUUACCUCGCUCUGCCUGUUGUUCUCUUCUUCUGGGCUUGCGGCUACCUGUGGAAGCGCAAGGGCUUCUUGAAGCUUUCCGAGAUCGACCUCGACACUGGUCGCCGUGAAGUCGACUGGGAUGAGAUCAACGCCUACCGCGCGAAGGUUGCCGCUUGGCCCGCGUGGAGACGAUGGGCGAGUACUAUCUUCUAA